CAAUCAUUGAACUUUUAUGAAAAAUACUCAACUACAAAUACCCUCCAAUGAAUCCAUCAUCACCUUCAACACAUCACAUUAACCCAAUUGUAAUUUGCAAUCUCUCAAACUACUUUUUUCUCACAAUAUAUCAUAUACACCAUGGUUUCCAAGACAAAUCAAAAUUCCAAAAAUGUUUGUGUGAUUGGAGCUGGACCAUCAGGGCUAGUGGCAACGAGGGAGCUGAAAAGAGAAGGACACAAGGUGGUUGUGUUUGAGCAGAAUCAUGACAUUGGUGGACAAUGGCUCUAUAACCCAAAUGUACAAUGUGAAGACCCUUUGGGAAAAAACCCUGUUCUCAAAGUGCAUAGCAGCAUUUAUGAAUCUUUGAGGCUCAUGUCACCAAGAGAGAUCAUGGGGUUCACUGAUUUCCCAUUUUUGGUCAAGAAAGGUAGAGAUAUGAGGAGGUUCCCUGGCCAUAGAGAGCUCCUUUUCUACCUCAAUGACUUUUGUGAAUGGUUUGGGUUGAGAGAGGUGAUAAGGUUCAAUACAAGGGUGGAAUAUGUUGGACCCUUGAAUUAUAAUGGUGCUUUUAGUGGUAAUGAUGAUUUGAAGUGGGUUGUUAGAAGCAAAGAGAAGGAGAGUGAUGGGGUGGUGGAAGAAGUGUUCGACGCGGUGGUUGUUGCCUCGGGCCAUUACUCUCAUCCUAAAUUGCCCUGCAUUCAAGGAAUGGAUACCUGGAAAAGAAAACAAAUGCAUAGUCAUAUUUACAGGACUCCACAACCAUUUGGCAAGGAGAUUGUGGUGGUAGUUGGAAAUUCUUUUAGUGGGCAAGAAAUAUCAAUGGACCUAGUGAAAGUAGCAAAGGAAGUCCACCUCAGUUCCAACUCUGCUUAUAUUAGUGAGGGUUUAUCCAAAGUCAUACAUAAAUAUCAAAACUUCCACCUUCAUCCUCAGAUUGACAAUCUUCAAGAGGAUGGACGGGUUAUUUUCACGGAUGGUUCAAGCAUUCAAGCAGACACUAUUUUAUACUGCACUGGGUACUCUUAUGUUUUUCCCUUUCUUGAUACCAAAGGAAUGGUUGUCAUAGAAGAUAACAGAGUUGGUCCUCUGUAUGAGCACACUUUUCCCCCAUCACUUGCUCCUUCUCUUUCCUUUAUGGGCAUCCCUUCAAAGGUCCUGGGGCCCCAUUUCUUUGAGUCUCAAGCUAAAUGGAUAGCUCAACUACUAUCUGGGAAGAAAAUAUUACCAUCAUUCGAGGAAAUGAUGAAGUCCAUUAAGGAAUUAUAUCAUUCAAGAGAAGUAGCCAAUGUUCCUAAGCGCUACACACAUAGCAUUGCAGAUAAUGAUGGUUUUGAAUAUUUUGACAAAUAUGGAGACAAUGCUGGAUUCCCCAAAUUAGAAAAAUGGAGGAAAGAGAUUUGCAUAUCAUCCACAGUGAACAUGUUUGCCAACUUGGAGACAUUUCGUGAUUCAUGGAAUGAUGAUGAGAUGCUUCAGGAGGUCCUCAAAAUUCCUUACUUCACUCAACUUGGAGAUCAUGGAUUUGAAAAUUGAAAAUCCUCUGUAAAUUAAAAUCAUAUCGAUUGGUAUUUACUUAUUUGUAUUUGUGUGUUCAAGAGAUGAAUGUUUGUGACUCUAUUUUUAAUUUGUGCAUUGUAUUUUGAUUGAUUUUGAAUAAGAAAUUCAUUCAAUGCAA